GGGGCCAAUCGGGGCGGGGCUGUGCGGCGGUGUGAGGUGAGGCGGGGGCCGCCGGCGUGGGCCCGUGUGUGGGGCUGCGUGUGGGGCUGUGUGGGGCCUCGUGGGGCUGCGGGGGGCCGCGAGAUACUGCCGGGGGAGUCCCAACCCCGGGGAGUGCGGGGGGGCCCCGAGGCCGCUGGUUCGGCUCCGCUCGGCUGCAAGCCCGGCGGGAAGGCCCGGCCCCUCGCUGCCCGGUCCCGGUUUGCUGCCGUGGUGCUGCGUUCUGUCCGCGCUACGGCCGGGUUGGUUUGUCCUCGGAUUCGCCGCGUCCGUCCGUAGGAUGGCUGCGGUUGGAUGGGGCCUUAAAGAUCGCCCGAUUCCGGCCGAGAUGGUGCCGUGUCCUAAAAUAAGCGCGUAAAGAUGUGACCUUUCAUCGAGGCGGGCUGAGCUGCCGGCCUCUGCGCCGUGCCAGCCCUGGGGGAGCGGUGCGUGCCGUGAAACGAGUGGAGAAACUGCGGCGUGGCUGCCCAAAUCCAUAGGAAAAUUCAGGCGGAAUAAACGUACGCCUUCCAUAAGAGCUGUUGUGGAAUAUCUGCAGGCUGUGCUGCAGACGCGGCUCACACCGUGACACGGGGCACCUGCUCUGCAGGCCGUGCGUCUGUCGGUGGCGCUCGGAACCAGCCAGGUUUGCACGCUGCACGGCGUUCUGCUUGGCGCGCCCUGCAAAUAACGGCUUUCUAAGAGAUGCCAACUGGAAGCACAGCAGCUGAGGCAGAGGGAGUUGCGAUCCCUUCAGAUAUGGCCUCGAAAAGAGCGUUGGUGAUUCUGGCGAAAGGGGCAGAGGAAAUGGAAACUGUCAUCCCCACUGAUGUUAUGAGAAGAGCUGGGAUCAAGGUGACUGUUGCAGGCCUAACUGGAAAAGAACCGGUGCAGUGUAGCCGAGAUGUCCUCAUUUGUCCUGAUGCCAGUCUAGAGGAUGCCAGAAAAGAGGGACCUUACGAUGUCAUUGUCCUGCCUGGAGGUAACCUUGGAGCUCAGAACUUGUCAGAGUCUGCUGCUGUUAAAGACAUUUUGAAGGAUCAGGAAAGCAGAAAAGGCCUGAUUGCUGCUAUAUGCGCAGGUCCCACUGCCCUUCUGGCACAUGGGAUAGGAUUUGGAAGCAAAGUCACAACGCAUCCUUUGGCCAAAGAUAAAAUGAUGAAUGGAGCUCACUACUGCUACUCCGAGAGCCGUGUGGAGAAAGAUGGGAACAUCCUCACCAGCCGUGGCCCUGGUACCAGCUUUGAGUUUGGGUUGGCCAUUGUUGAAGCACUGAUGGGGAAGGAAGUGGCUGAACAAGUGAAGGCACCACUAAUAUUGAAAGACUGAAAUGCUGUGGUGGGACAUGGAGUAGAACAAUUUCAGGUGGAGAGUCUUGUGCUUUGCAGAAUAACUGAAAGAUGCACAGUGUAGCUGUGGAUGAAAUUAGCAGCUGUACUCACCUAGAUUAGGACAUCUUACCAGUCUUUAUCCCUGGAAGAAAAUCCUGUUAGCAAAAAACUUCAUCAUCAUUAGCAUCUAAAUAAUCUUAGCUCUUGGCAUUUCAAAGUCGCAUGGACGAAUGUUUGCUGAUUAAAUAAAAACAAAGCAACCUUGA